UCAGUGAGCAAGUUGUAAUCUGUGCAUUGCGCAUUAAAACGUGAACACGAAUUCGUCAUUUGAUACAUAGGUUAUUACCAAUGUAGGUUACAUUACAUUAACUAUUUGAGGCGAAGGUUGUAAGCAACGAAGCAAAUCGUGAAUCCAGGAUUAAAACUAAGAUGACUGAUUGUUGAACAAAAUACAUCUUUAUUAAUAUAAUUAUUUACCGCGCUAUCUGUGAGUAACGGAGAGACUCAAAAGUAAUUUGAUGUUGAAUGUUCGUUGAUAAUCUCAAGAUGUUUUGACUCAUUAGCUGUUGAGUAUUGAAAAAACUAUUCAAUCAGAAAUACAUAAUCAUGCACCGUAACAUGGAUGUAGAUUUAAAACUGAGCACGACGUGUACAAUAAAAAUAAAAAAAUAUGGUUUCUCAGUUCCACACCCAUAAAAUUCGACUAUUUCCAAAGCUAUCUAGUCUUAGUAACAAUGUCAAUGUGCCGUUCCAACUGUUGGACAGGUUUGUUUCCUACCAAGAAGUCUUUCAUUAUAUUCGUCAUGUACAUAGGACUCUCAAUGAACCACGGAUUAUUAAUAAAAUUAUCUCAAAAAAAUGGCACUUAUAAUUAUGAUGUUAUUUCAGUUAUUAUUUUAACUGAAGUUAUAAAGCUUAUAAUAUCUUUUUUUCUGUUUUGCAUAGAAAAUCCUUUAAGAAGUAUUAUCAAUCUAACUAAAGAAAAUUAUCCAGUACUUUUUCUAUAUAUGGUGCCUUCGUUUUUAUACUGUUUGUAUAAUUAUUUGGCGUUUGUAAAUCUAUCAUUAUUUGAUCCAACUACAUAUUUUAUUUUUCUUCAACUACGAGUAUUACUGAUUGGUGUCAUUUAUCAGUGUUUAUUUAAAAAGGAACUUAGCAAAAUGCAAUGGUGUUCUUUAAUCCUUUUAACAAUUGGAUGUAUAAUUAAAGAGUUGAAAAUAGAUGUCAAUUUGCGACAACAAUCAUACAAUUAUUUUACUUCUUUAUUGCUUAUUUUAACUCAAAUACUAUGUUCCUGUUUAGCUGGUGUUUACAAUGAAUAUUUACUUAAGAAAGGUCAAGGUGCAAAGGUGAAUGUUUACCUACAGAAUAUAUAUAUGUAUGUAGAUUCAAUAAUUUGUAAUUUAUUUGUGUGGACAAUAUUUAAAAUUAAUGAAAACAACAAAAGCAGUACCUCUCAAACAGACAUAUUUAAAAGUUAUCUGGUUAUGUUAAUAGUAAUAAACAGUGCUGUUUAUGGUGUAAUAACUAGUUUACUACUACAAACUUUAAAUUCAAUCAUGAAAGUUUUUGCAACUGCCAUUGAAUUAGUCCUUAUUGUAAUAUUUUCAUGGGUACUUCUGGGUUACCCUAUUACUUUGCAAACUGUGACAGCUGUAAUGAUUGUUUCAUGUUCUGUGGUGUUGUAUGCUAAGCAUCCUAUUGCAAAAAAUACACUUCCAAUUAACGAUAAUAAAAAUAUUAUCCAUAGUUAAAAUCAGAGGUUUUAUAUAUUAAAAUGCAAGGUAUAAAUGUAUUUUA